UCCUGCUCUGUGACCUGGCCUGGAUCAUCUGUCAGAACUUCUACCUCUGGUCUCCGUGGGCUGGCUGAGUGAUGGCUUGUGCGUGGCCUGGAAGGGGGUCAGUUGGGCAAUGACUUCAUAAAUGAAGGCGGAGUCCCGAGGGGUGCCCAGCCCUUUCCUCAGAAUGCCUUUCCCAGCUCUCACUUCUCUCCCCGUAGUGCUCUUUCCCUGGGAGGGCUGCAUUUCCUCCUGGCCUCUCUGUCUUUGGAGGAAUCUUCAUGCUUCCUCCCUUCUGCCGUGAGCAUGAGUGGGAGAGGAAGAGGUAGCCCCCCAGGACUUAUUUAGGCUCCUGGGGCCAGGAAAGGGGAGGAGUCCUUUAGUGGAGGAACUCUGAUCUUUGAGGUUCUGGACCGCUCAGUGUGAGCUGUGGCAGUGUUACGUGCUAUUCCUAGGACAGGUGCAAAGUCCCAGGUAGAUGGGAGGAGCUGCCUCAGGCAGGCUGGGCUUCUCUCUGGCUCUGGGCCAGCGUCACAGUGUGUUUGGAGUGGGUGUUGGGAAGAGUGCAGGGUCUUUGCCCACGUCUGCUGAGUGAGGCCCACACAGUGCUGGGAGGAGCAGUACACCUCCCUGGGCCCAGUCCUGGGGGUGGGGGUGCCCUGGGAGCUUCCAUGGACCUGCAGGAGUAUAGUCAGGGUGAGGGGCUGGGGCACAUCAACAACAACCAGCAUUCAAAUCCUGCUCUGCCACUUACUAGACUUGUGGCCUUGCCAAGUUACUUCUCUGAGCUUCAGUUUCUUCCUCUGUUGUAGAAGGAUAAUAGGCAUUAGGGCUGUUGUAGGAUUAGCACAACACCUGGUAUAGUAAAUACUGAACACGUGAUAGCCACAUUAGUAUCAUUACUGUCGUUAACUACCGCCAUAAUUUCUUUAAUGUUGUUUUGGAACUGAGGGAUAAGGGGGCCAGGAGACGGGCCAGGCUCGCUCCGGUGGUUUAUCUCUGAGGACUGAGGGGUGGGGGCCAGAGGCCUCUCUCUGGAGAAGGAGGUGGGUGGAGAGGACAGGUGGAGGCGUCUCCCUGAGAGGGCUAUGUGGGAGCAUGUGUGGGGAGGAAGGCUGAGUCCUCCUUGCUGGCCAGCCUGUUCCCCACAGAUGUUGGCUGCUGUAGCUCUCAGUCUUCAGCCUUGCCCACCGCAGCAUGGCAGCAUGGUAGCUGUUUCCAGCUCUAUCGCUCUCUUCAUACCCCUGACACGACCAUAGCCGUUGCCUGCUGGCACUUGGAUUGCAUGGUCCAGUAUGCCUCCUGCACCAUUCUCUGGCCCCAAACCCACCUAGAAUACAUACCAGGUAAAGAUUAUCUAUCUAUCUAUCUAUCUAUCUAUCUAUCUAUCUAUCUAUCAUCUAUCUAUCUAUCUAUCUAUCUAUCUUAUCUAUCUUACCUAUCCUACCUGUCUUACCUAUCUUAUCUCUGGCCUUAUCUGCCUCCAGCCCAGCCAUAAUGUGGCUUAUCUAAAGGCCUGAAAGAUGGGGCACCUAGCGCUACCCAGCUUUCCAGUUCUUUCAGUUCCCUUCUUAGGGCUUCCUGAGACACGGUGGCCAGGACCUGUGCAGAGCUCUUACAGAGGGAAUUCUCACAACCUCCAUUCCUCGUGAGCAGCUGAGUUGGUCCAGGCACAAUGUCCAGCCUAUUUGAGGAAAUCACGAGUUGUGGUCCAAGAGAUGGAGCUGGAGGGGAUAUGAUUGCUGUCAGAAGCAUCCUUGACUCUGACAGAUUUCACUGCUUUUCUUUGGUGAGUGGGAGGAGAAAUUUCCGGAGAUGCCAGUACCACAGGACAGACCUCACCCUAGAGGACAUAGUGGAGAGAGAGGAGGGUGAAGUGCUGUUUGAUAAGCUGGAUUCUGGGCUCCAAGGCCAAAAGGCUGAGUUCCAAGUUCUGGAUGUGGUAGACUCAAAAGGAAUGUUGAUAGUGAAAUUAUCCAAAGAAAUAAUAAUUGCAGGGACCUUCCACAGAUCCCACAAGCAGAGAAUCAAGACAUUGGAGACCUGGACCCAGCAGUAUCUGGAUUCCCUUGAGAACAGUGAGUUGAAGAGAAAACUACCUACUUUGUUGCAAUCAAUCGGAGAAAUGAGAGCAGACCUCUAUCUGGUGACAGAGACUCUGGAGACAGCAAGGAAGGAAACCCUGAAAACUGAAUGGCAGUGUAUGUUGUGGAGCUGGAUGGGAGGCAGGGUCUGUGAGAGAACCAGCCUUGGCCCACCCAUGGUAAGUCAGGGGGAUACCAGCCCAGAUGUCAGGCUCUUCAGCUCUCCUUCCAGACACCAAAGGUCAGUAACCAACCCCCUAAAGCAGGUCCUGAGCUAUUGAGUAAAGCAGCUCAUCUUUCCCAACAUGGAGAGAAUGAGGAAACCCUUGAGUUUGGAGGACUUCAGAAACAUGAAGGAGAAGGUGCAGGACAUGCUGAGAGGCCUCUAGGAUCUGACUGAUGUGCUAAGCUGCCUCACUAAGCACCUCAACAAGGAGGAGCAGCGACAGAAUCUAGAACAAAGGGUGUCUGAGGCCCUGAUCUCUGGUGACCUGGAGGGUCCAGCAGAUCCUCUUGUAAGUAGCUUUUUAAUGCUUUUUAAUGCUGCUGGGAUCUUGGUAAAAACACAUACAGAAUCUAUUCUGAAUGUCCUGUAUGCCUUGAUUGAGAUAUCUUAGGAGCAGCAUCUUGUGGCUGAGGCCCUGGAAAAGGGGAUCCUGUCCCUGUUGAAAGACCAGAUAAGACACCCUGGACUGAGGGCUAGGGUCAUAGUAGAAGUGAAUGCCUGUGUUCUCAAGGGACUCAGAAGUCCCAGCGUACAGUCCUUCCUACUUCAUAGUUCUCUGUCAGUUCACAUCCAUUCAGCUGGUUUGUGGCAAUUCCCUGGAACACAUGGUUUCCAGGACAACUCAGGCUUUAUAGGCUCUGUUGCUAGCCUAUGGGUAAGAGAGGGGGGGUGGAAAACUGUUAGUCUCAGGAUGGCAGUGCCAACACUGAUUAGCAGUGCCUGUCACUGUCCCCACGAUGUGGGCUGUGACCCUGAUGCAAGAUUUCUCUGUGCCCUCCGUGUUGCUGUCUCCGUCCUGCUGCAGCUGGGUGAGAAGCCUAUCUUAGUGUCUUCCUAACUAUGUUAGCUCUUGAACCAUCUGGAUGCUCCCCUCCCAGACCAUCCUCUCCCCCUGCACCCCCAAUCACUAGAACGAUGUCUUUAUAACAAACAGCUGACUUUUCUUUGAUAGAUCCCAUUCCCUUCGUGAUAAUGCCCCCAAAGCAGCCUGCAUUAUAUGCAUGGACUUUUCUAAGAGUGGCAGAUUGAUCAUAUUAAUUUUCUCUCCUUGAAAUCUCACUAAAUAAAGUACUGGAAAAGAUGUAAACCCACAAUGAUAAAGAGAACAAGGCAGCAGAUAAGAGAUUCUGACACAUCUUUGGAAACUAGCAGGUUACUAAAGGAGUUUAAGCCGGGAGGUGUGGGCCUGAGAUGUGCUGGAAGUGUAGGAGGAGACUGCUCUUCUCUCAUCUUGAGGCUUUUCUCUUUAAUAUUUUUAAGACAAGGUAAUUAAAAGUAAAAGAAAUAUAUGCUUGUAAAGCAUUUCAAAUAUUUCUCAAAGUUGAAGGCGAUCCCCCCUUCUUUCUCUAAUAUAACCACUGUUAACAUUUUGGGGUAUGUUAACAGUCUUCCUAUGAAACAGUGUUUAAAAUGGUAAUUUAGGAGCUUAUGGGUGGCUCAUUCAGUUAAGUAUCCAACUUUGAUUUUGGUUCAGGUUGUGAUCU